CGCACACUUCACGAAAGAACAACAACAACACGAAAAGCACUCCAACCAGAACCACCUCUAAUCAUCCUCACACACACACUCCUCCUCAAGAUGAUGGGCGUCUUCUCUGCCGUUGCUUCCAGGGCUGGAAUUAAGGAACCUACCACUCAGCCAAACGAUCGAACUCAGGAAGAACAUGACGAGGCUAGCGACGAAGAGGUCCUGGACGAGGAACCUAAACACAUGCUCUUGGCUUUGAUCUCUCAACUUCGAGUCGGAAUGGAUCUCCACAAGGUCACCCUUCCCACAUUUGUAUUGGAACCUAGAAGCAUGUUGGAGCGGAUUACAGAUUUCUUAAGUCAUCCUGAUCUGAUCUUUGGUGUGAGUCAGCAGGAAGAUCCUACCGAAAGAUUCAUCCAGGUCUUGCGCUAUUAUCUCGCUGGAUGGCAUAUCAAACCUAAAGGAGUCAAAAAACCAUAUAAUCCGAUCCUAGGAGAAUUUUUCAGAUGUAGAUACGAAUAUCCAGACGGAAGUGAAGGAUUUUACAUUGCCGAGCAAGUCUCGCAUCACCCGCCGAUCUCGGCGUUCUACUAUGUUUCGCCGACCAACCAGAUCGAGAUCUGGGGAGAUUUGCGGCCCAAGAGCAAGUUUCUUGGGAACAGUGCGGCGACGAUCAUGGAGGGUGUAAGUCAUCUAAGAUUUGUGGACCGGGAGGAAGACGGACAUUAUCAGAUUACGAUGCCUAACAUGUAUGCCCGUGGGAUCCUGUUUGGGAAGAUGAUUCUGGAGUUGGGUGAUGAAUCGCGCGUCCAAACUGCAGCCAAUGACAUCUAUUGCGACGUCGAGUUCAAGACGAAAGGGUUUUUCGGGGGCGAUUAUAAUGCGAUCGGUGGCAAGGUGCGGGAUCAGAGUGGAAUAGUUGGAGAGAUCUCAGGGAAAUGGAAUGAAGUGAUGGAGCUGAAGAGGACGAAGGGAAAGACAGAAACGAUCUUCGAUGCCUCGAAAGCCACGGUGACUCAGAAGAUCGUCCAGCCCGAGGCGGAGCAAGACUGGAACGAAUCCCGACGGCUUUGGUCGAAGGUGACUCGGGCGAUCAAGAAGAAGGACCUCGACGCCGCAACACUCGCGAAGACUCAGAUCGAGGACUUCCAGAGAGAUCGCGCUAGACUGCGCGAGGAGAAAGAACUCAAAUGGGAACCCGUGUUUUUUGAGUGCAGAGAUGAUGAUGAGUGGAAACCUAAAUUUACAUUACCAGAAGAUAAACAAGAACGGAUCAAAGCGGUUGAGAAGUACAUCUUCGACUACCACUCAACAGCCCCGAUCGACAACCCGACCGACCAAGCCGCCUCCUCCUCAUUACCAUCCACCGUCUCCCCCUCUCAAUCCACCUUCCCGAAAGCCGAUCGUCGGAGCUCUACUACUUCCACGCCUACUACUUCUACUGCCGAGUCCGGUCAACGGGCUUCUCCGGUUGCCCAUAAAUCUCUCGAUUCUUCCGGCUGACCUUUUUCUUUCUCUCUUUCUCUCUUUCUCUCUCUCUCUCUCUCUUCUUCUUCUCUUUUGUU